AUGACAGUUAUCGGUGCUAUUAACGGCUUAAUAUGCCUUUCUAAACCUUCGUAUUCUGACAUGUCAACUAUCCCCCCGCCACAUUCUAUGCUCCCUAGGCUUCAUUAUGAAACAUCUAUCCGGUUUGGCUUUGAUCCUAAAACUGACGAUUACAAACUUGUUAAGCUUACUGGCCUUCGUGACACUGCUAAUUGCUUUGGAAGUGUCAAAGAGUGGGUGCAAGUUGAGGUUUACAGCAUGAGAAAGAAAUCCUGGGAAUUUAUCACUCAACCAUUUCCAUCCUACAUCACAAGGAUUAAAAAUAACGAUUACCUUUGUGUAGAUGGCCAUGACGGCCAUCUUCAUUGGGAAAAUAAGAUAGAAGAAACGAUAGUGGCUUUUGAUUUGGGUUCAGAGACAUUUCGUGAGAUACUUCUUCCAGAUUCUAUUCUAGAUUCCAACCACAGAUUCCAUCGUUUAGUAGUUUUGGACGGAAAGCUUUGUGAGAUUUCAUGUCGUUAUGAUGGUGCAUGGGAGGUGUGGGUGAUGGAGGAGUAUGGGGUGCCUCAAUCAUGGGUCAAACGCCAUGUUUUUCCCAAGUUUACUUUUGCUUCUUGGAGAUUACCAUUUGGAUUCACAUCACACAAUGAGUUGCUUCAUGUAGAUGAGCACGCUCAACUUGUUUUGUACGAUCUAGUUGCAAACAAGACUAAAUUGACCCCUAAAAAACAAAUUGCAAAUAAAAUCGUGGAGUACGUGGACAGUCUUGUUUGGGUCUAG